AUGACUUUGCUGCUCUUCCUCAUCCUGGCAUUUUCCCUCUUUAACCUGGGAAUUGUACUAUGGGUGAUUUAUGAGCAUUUCUUUAACACAGACAUCCCUGCUGCCAUUGGCCACACAAUUAAGCUCCGCACCCUACACUGUCUCUUUCUACUGGUGAUAAUUUGGGCGAAGAUUUGUGAAAAACUGAGAAUCUGCUCAGAGAUGACGUUUAUUCGCUUUGUACUUCUUAGUGUGCCAGUCAAGAUGGACCCAAAGCUUGUGGUAAAGGACUUAUGCAUUGGGUCAGUACCUGUGAGGUUGUAUCAGCCAAAGGCAACAUCUGCAAGCCUCCGGAAAGGAAUGAUCUUCAUCCAUGGAGGGGGCAUGCUUAUUGGGAGUCUGGACACCUACAACAGCUUAUGCUGCUUCUUGGCCAGGGAAACUAACUCAGUGGUUCUAUCAAUUGGUUACCGCCUGGCUCCUGAGCACAGACACCCUUCUGCUUUAAAUGACUGCAUGGCUGCUUCUGUCCAUUUCUUGAGGAACCUGGAGACUUAUGGCGUGGAUCCAUUAUGUGUCACCAUCUGUGGCGACAGUGCUGGAGCAACAAUAGUGGCUUCUGUGUGCCAAAUACUUGUGACCAAACCAGACCUCCCUAAGAUAAGAGCUCAGAUUCUGAUCUAUCCCCUCAUACAGAUGGUUAAUUUCCAUCUGCCUUCCUAUGAAUAUUAUAAAAAUACCUUGUUCCUCACUAAGAGAGUCUGCCUCACCUGUGUAUUCCAUUGUUUUGAUAUUGACUUCUUUUGGAAAACUGCUGUCCUGAAUGGUGCCCAUCUACCCCCUGAGAUGCGGGAUGAGUAUGAGGAAAGGAUGGAUGUCCACAACAUACCUGAGAGAUUCAGAAAGAAAGACUACAAACCCAAGUCUCCUGGCCCUUUUAAUGAGAGUGCUUACCUGGAAACUAAACAACUCUUCUGGGCAAUGAAUUCACCUCUAUUUGCUGAUAAGGACAUCAUUGCCCAACUCCCUGAGACCUUGCUUAUAAGUUGUGAGUUUGAUGUCCUUCGGGAUGACACAAUGUUGUACAAGAAGAUAUUGGAAGAACAAGGGGUGCCAGCUCACUGGCACCACAUUGAAGAUGGUUUUCAUGGAGUGCUCAGCACCUUUGACAAAAAAGUCUUUGCUUUCCCCUGUGCCUUAAAAAUUCUGAAUAUUAUAGUUGAUUUUAUAAAGAAUCUGUGA